AUGUUCCACAAAUCAUGCAACUACUCUGAUUCAUCCCUUUUCGGAUCCACUAUACAUAAAUAGUGUGUGUAUACUUCGCCGCUGUGACCUAAUUACGAGCUAGAGAUCUUGAAAUAGCCACCCCCGCAGUCCGUGAAGUUGCACUCGAAAGAGAAACUUAACUCUGCCCGCCGUCAACAGAUAACAAAAAAUAAAAUUAGAAAGAGAAAAGUGAGAGGGAACAGUAAGAUGGAAAGGCUGACAAUUACGUCUAGGGACACGCUUAAGCGGAGGGGCUAACGGUAACGACUGAACAGGGGCGCUGGCCAAUAGGAACUCGACAGCGAAUCAUGGGAAAAGUCAGGGUGGUUUUGCAAAACCGCUCUUCCAUCAUCUCCACCUGUCUCCACCAAAACCCCUAUUCUAUAAGUGUUUUGUAAAUGCUUUCUCAGUCUCUCCCGAGCCACUAAAACAGAAAAAAGAAAAGAUACACCACAACCCCCUUCAGUUUCUCCAUCUCCCCUUUACCCAUAUAUAUAAACAUACACAUAAAUAUAUAAUCGCCCGCACGCUCUAUCUCUUUGUUCUCCAGCAGUUCCUUCUUCUGGCAAGAGAAAGAGAGGGAAAGAGAUAGGGGGUAGAGAGAAAGAGAGAACGAGAAGAAAAAAUUAAUUGAGUGAGAUGGGGAGAGGUAGGGUUCAACUGAAGAGGAUAGAGAACAAGAUCAACCGGCAGGUGACGUUCUCCAAGAGGAGGACGGGCUUGGUGAAGAAAGCUCAUGAGAUCUCUGUGUUGUGUGACGCUGAGGUUGCUCUGAUUAUCUUCUCCAACAAAGGAAAACUCUUUGAGUACUCCACUGAUUCAUGCAUGGAGAAGAUCCUUGAGCGAUACGAAAGAUAUUCUUAUGCAGAGAGACAGCUAAUCGCAACUGACCAUGAAUCCCAGGGAAAUUGGUGCCUGGAAUACACCAAACUUAAGUCCAAAAUUGAGCUUUUGCAAAGAAACCAAAGGCACUUUUUUGGGGAAGAUUUGGAUUCAUUGAGUCUCAAGGAGCUCCAAAAUUUGGAGCAGCAGCUUGAUACUGGCCUUAAACAGAUAAGAUCAAGAAAAAACCAACUCAUGUAUGAAUCAAUCUCCGAGCUUCAGAGAAAGGAAAGGACAAUGCAGGAGCAAAAUAACAUGCUGGCCAAGCAGAUCAAGGAACAGGAGAAGACAGCAGCACAGCAGGUGCACUGGGAGCAGCAAAACCAUGGCCCUAAUGCAUCUUCCUUUCUGCUAGCACAGCCCCUUCCUUGCCUAAACAUUGGUGGGACUUACCAGGGAGAAGCUCCAGAAGUGAGGAGGAAUGAGCUUGAUCUCACACUGGAGCCCAUAUAUUCAUGCCAUCUUGGAUGCUUUGCUACGUGAACCAUCGGCUCAAUCAAGACUAUAGACACUCAUAGCUACCUGAUGGGUAUGGGGUUUUGAGUUUUAUAUAUAUAUGUCCUAUGGAUAUUUAUCAAAUUGCGGUAUGCAUGGAGAAUAAGAAGGAUCAGUACUAGCGAUUCUUGACUGUUCUCUUACGUAUAUUUAUCUGAUGCUUUCUCUGCUUCAAUGAUAAAUCAUCGAUCAUUUCUCAAUGUAUUUCGGCAUCUUGAAUGUUGUAAACUUUUGCCUUUGAUUCUGUAAGUUGUAUCAAAGUCAUGGAUGAAUCUAAUUAUAAAUACUCGAAAUAAUAAUCCUUUCUCUUAAUGGCA